AGUUUUGGUGAUUCAUACGUUAGUGGUGAGAUAUGUUUAUUUGAUUAAGAUUCAAAGUUCAGUUGAGUCAUGCAAUGUUCGCUCCCUCAUGGACCUAUCUAUAUAAUGCAAAUGGGUGUCUCAAUUAAAGGAUGCCUGCAACCAAGAACUGAUAGCAAUGGCAGCAGCUAGGUCAUUCGUCUCUCUUCCUUCCAUGUUGCUCUUCGCUAGAGCUACCUUCGUGCUCUUGCUUGUGGCUUUGGCUGCGCAGUCUCAGGUGGCUCAGUCUCAGAACUGCUCGGCUGCACUUAGUCAGCUCACGACUUGCGCGCCUUUUGUUGUCCCUGGCGCGAGCCAAGGUCCUCCUAGUGACCAAUGCUGUGCUGCUCUUCAAGGAGUAGACCACACCUGCCUCUGUAACACGCUGAACAUCAUCUCUCGCCUGCCGAGCAGCUGCAAGCUCCCUUCAGUCACUUGCAAUGCCUGAGUUUGACAUGAAGCAUGCACCCACCGACUGCAGACUCAAUAAACUGAGAUCUUGUCAAGAUUUUUUGCUUUUUUUUUUUCCUCUCUUUUUUUGUCUUUCCGGGAUGUCAUCUGAUCUCCAAUCGAGCAAUGUUAUGGGGAUCAGAAGAAGAACUUGCAAUGAAUAAAAGAAGUCAAC